AUGUUUGAUGACAUCUACUUCCCUCUUGUCUACCUCCCGGAACCUUGCGCCUUUGACCCAAAAGAGCGAUCACACAUCUGGCUGCUGCGAUCAGAAGCAACCUCAUCUCACGAGCUCCUCGACUCGCCCCUGGCGGACGGGAUGUACAUCGACGUCGGCGAUGUCCUCCUGGUCCGUGUCAACGCAGACGAGUACAUGACGAUGAGCCUGGACCAGCCGAAGGCGCAUGAGGGCGUUCAACAGGCUCGUGAGGUGCGCCUGCCCCCAUAUACCGUCAUCUGCCCGAUGUCAGAACAGGGACUUGGCCCAGUUUUGUGGUGGAGAAACGCCGGCGUCGAAACAAUGGACAAAGGUUGA